GCAGGAACUUUUUCAGCAGCGGGCUAAAACAAAUAUGCAGAUGUUUGGCGGGUGAUUUUACUGCUCUAGAUCAAUAAAAUCCAUGAAUUUACAUGACAAACAACUGCGUUUAAUAUUUACGGAUCAUACAAUAAAUGCUUGGCACAAUGAAAUGAAGUUAUAAAUAAAGAGGGAUUUCGUCGCACUUUUGUCUAUAAUGGCAGGAAGGGGCAGAGGGCAGCUCACUUUCUCUGUGGAGAUUGUUGGAAUCGGUAAAGGAGAAAAUCUCCCUCCGUCCACCGUCCAGCCGACCCCUGUAUUCCCUCCUCUGGAUCAGAAGCCGGUGCCCCUGCAGGCGGGUGAGGAGGCCGAGUACAUGCUGGCACUCAAACAGGAGUUCAGAGGAGCCAUGAAGACACUUCCAUUUUACAUCCGUCCAGCUGCACCCAAGAAAGAUGUGGAGCGUUAUUCUGACAAAUACCAAAAAAACGAAACCACUGACAACAGUUUGGAAUGGAAGCCAGACUGGAGGCGUUUUCCGAAGGAGCUGCGCGUGAGGGAGAAGAGACCGCAGAGAGACAAAAGCCAAGCUGUUCCCAAACAACCCAAACAGCCACGAGUGGACAAAGAGGAGAUCAUACGCAAACUGGAGACUCUAGAGCAGAAAGAGGAAGAAGGGAGCUCUGAUGAAGGGGAGGGAGAGAAAAAGAAGCCAGAGGAGGAAGAAGCUGAGGGAGAGGAGGAGUGUGAUGAAGAGGAAUUCGAGGGCGAAACAGAUUACGUCAUGUCCUACUUUGACAAUGAGGAGGAGUUUGGAGGGGAAAGUGAUGAUAAUAUGGAUGAGGCGAUUUACUGAAGCAGGUGACGGUGGCUCCACAGCACCCUCCUCUGGGCAGUGACUGUCUCUGGACCUGUUCUGGGGUGGAUCAUUAUGUUUGGCAGCUAAUGUUGAAAUCUGUAUGCAGUGGACUUCCUCUCCUCCAAUCGGUUGGCAAGGUGUUUGAUUGCUGACGAAGAGCUUCUGAAUCUGAGGGCCACGGUUGGAGGACACAGAGAAAGACACUGAAAGAAAAACUUCUCUUUUAAUGCAGCUAUACGUUUUUAGAGCUUUGUAAAUGAUUAUUCUUGUGUCAUUUUUUAAAAUCUUAUCUAUAAACAUGUAUGUUUUAGUCUAAGUUUUAGACAGCUGUAUUUGUCUGAAUAGCUUUUAUACAUCUUAGAUUUUGGAUAAACACCAGUAAAUGUAGAUUGUUUAUUUUGUAUGAUAAUUAAGUAAUGUUUUAUAAAGUCUUAAGUCAAGUGGUUGUAAAUAUUCAUGUUAUUGCCAUUUUAUGUGAUAAAGUCACACUGUGUUUUAA